GGGAGAAACCCUAUCUGUGCUUCCAAUGUGGGAAGAGCUUCAGUUGGAAAGAUAGUCUCACUUCCCAUCAAAGAAUUCAUGCAGGGGAGAAAUCCUUUCAAUGCUUGGAAUGUGGAAAGCGCUUUAGUCACAGGCAGAGUCUCACUUUCCAUCAAAGAAUUCAUACAGGGGAAAAACCCUAUCAGUGCUUUGAAUGUGGGAAGAGCUUUCGUCAGAGUAGUGGUCUCACUUCCCAUCAAAGAAUUCAUACAGGGGAGAAACCCUAUCAGUGCUUUGAAUGUGGGAAGAGCUUUCGUCAGAGUAGUGAUCUCACUUCCCAUCAAAGAAUUCAUACAGGGAAGAAACCAUAUCAUUUCUUGAAAUGUGGAAAGAGAUUCAAACACAGUCAGAGUCUCACUUCCCAUCAAAUAAUUCAUACAGGGGAGAAACCCUAUUAG